UGACUAUGGAACAAUAGGGUACCGGCAGGGACUCAGCCAACUCUUCAGGCACCGGAGACUGCAUUAAGGAUGUUGUGCUAUUGCGUUUUUGUGCUUGUUUGUGCUUUUGUCCCUACAACUAGGUCACGCUUGACGCGUCUGUUGAGUAUUCCAUGUCAUCCUGCAAGGUGUGGCUAUCCUGUAGUCAAGUCACCCAUACCCGAAAUAGGGAUGCUGUAUGCAACAAACCGUAUUCAUCCUGGUGCCUUCAAGGUACAGAAUGAAACAAACAAAGCAAGCAUGAGACACACUGGCCCAUGUCAGCAACAGGGUAUCUAGUCGGGAAAGACUAAUUCUG